AUGGCCAACGUCACCAUAGUGACGGCAUUCCUGCUCCUGGGGUUCUCAGAGGUCCAGGAGCUGCAGCUGGUCCAUGCCAUGCUGUUCCUCUUGGUCUACCUGGCGGCCCUGGUGGGGAAUCUCCUCAUCGUCACCAUCACCAACCUAGGCUGGCGCCUCCACACCCCCAUGUACUUCUUCCUCAGGCACUUGUCUGUCCUCGACCUCUGCCUCAUCUCCAUCACUGUCCCUAAAUCCAUCCACAACUCCCUGAUUAAUAACAGAUCCAUCUCUUUCCUGGGCUGUGUCCUCCAGGUUUUUUUUGCUCUUUCAUCAGUAUUUACAGAACUGGUCAUCCUCACAGUGAUGUCCUACAACCGAUAUGUGGCCAUCUCCCACCCCCUGCACUAUGAGGUCGUCAUGAAUCGAGGGGCCUGUGUGAAGAUGACCACCGCCUCAUGGCUGAGCUGGGUGCUGUCUGCUGAAUUACACACAGCCAGCACCUUCUCCUUCUCUUUCUUUGGGUCCAACGUUGUAGGCCAGUUCUUCUGUGACAUCCCCCAGUUACUCACCAUCUCCUGCUCUCCUGACCUCCUCAGCGAGGUGGUGCCCAUCUGCGUCAAUGUGGCUUUCGACUUCUGCUGUUUCAUUGGCAUCAUUGUCUCCUACAUCCAUAUCAUGGCAACCGUGCUGAGGAUGCCGGCAACAGAAGGCUGGAACAAAACCUUCUCUACCUGCCUGCCCCACCUCAUCAUCAUCACCAUUUCCCUCUCCACUGGGUUCUUUGCCUACCUCAAGGCCCCCUUGGACUCCCCCUCAGUUAUGGACCUUCUGCUGUCUAUGUUUUACACAGUGGUGCCCCCCACCCUAAAACCCCUCAUCUACAGCCUGAGGAACAGGGACCUGAAGGUCACAAUGGGAAAAUUCUUAAAGGGCAAAUUUUGCACAAGAGAGAAGUCUCUGCACAUCUCCCAUUUGGCUUAG